UUUUUAGUAGAGUGGGGUUUCACCAUAUUGGCCAGGCUGGUCUCAAACUCCUGGCCUCAAGUGAUCCGCCCGCCUUGGCCUCCCAAAAUGCUGGGAUUACAGGCAUGAGCCACUGCACCCGGCCUUUUAUUUUUUGAGACAGAGUCCUACUCUUGCUCAGGCUGGAGUGCAGUGCCCGGUGACAGGCAGGCUGGACGCCGCCACCCGGAAGGAACAGCCAGCCCAGGCCGGAGCAGGUGCGCGGCGGCGCUGUGAGGCGGCACUCCCCGAUGACAGGCAGGCUGGACGCUGCCACCUGAAAGGACCCGUCAGCCCAGGCCGGCGCCGGAGCUGCAGCGCCAUCUGUAGGCCAAGGAGUUUUCUACCGGAGGCGGGGGCCUGUGUGCACAGGUGCAGUGAUGUCACGGGAGCCUGAGCAAGUGCGGUGACGUCACACGCGAGGGCUUGCCGGUUAUCCGCGUGCCUUGGCGUCACCCACGUGCCUUGCCAUUACCAGUGAGGCUUGGCGGUGGUCGCUUGGCUUGACAGUUCUUACUUGGCUUGGCGGUGCUGCUUUCACCGAUUGGAAACCGCGGGCUUUCCUCCUGGGAGGUUGUGGUCACUGCAGUAACUCGCUACUGUUGGCCUCCGGGGGUGGAGAAAAGCGGGGAGGGGCGGGGAGGGGCCGAGGGGUCUCGGGAGGCGGCAGUCUCCGCCAUGAGGAGGACAUUUAGAGGUGGGCGCCCUGAGGACCAAUGGCCCUCGGGCUCCCUCACCAGCUGGCGGCGCGACAGCUCGGUCAGCAGAGGGAAGCGUGAAGCGGAAAUCUUCGCCCCGCCUCGGUACCGCGUCGACCCGAAAGAUCUCGACGAGCUCCACAGAGCUGCCUGGCGGGGUGACGUCCCUGGGCUGGAGCGCGUCCUGGUGCCCGGAGGCCCUGGCGUGGACGAGAGGGACAAUGAGAAUAGGAUGGCUCUGCAUUUCGCAUGUGCCUGUGGACAUCCAGCAGUGGUAGCUCUCCUGGUGGACAGAAAAUGUCAACUUAAUUGUUUUGACAGCAAUAAGAGGACAGCUCUGAUAAAGGCCGUACAAUGCAAAAAAGAGGAAUGCGCAACUAUUUUGCUGGAACGGGGUGCUGAUCCAGACCUUCCAGAUAUCUACGGCAACACCGCUCUGCACUAUGCUGUGCAUAAUGAAGACGAAUCACUGGCAGAAAAACUGCUUUUAUACAGUACAAAUAUGGAGGCAAACAAUGAGAAACAGGGUCUCACUGAGUUGCUCAGGCUGGUCUCAGACUCCUGGGUUCACGUGAUCCUCUUGCCUUGGCCUCCCAGAGUGCUGGACUUGCAGGAUGACCUCACACCACUUCUAUUUGCCAUAAGCCUAAAAAGACAGCAAAUGGUAGAACUUUUACUGGAGAGAGGAGCAAAUUUACUUGCAGUUGAUAAGUGUCAAAGAACAGCCCUCAUUCUCGCCGUGCAAUGUGGAUCAGCAAACAUAGUUAGCCUUCUUCUGCAGCAAAAAAUUGACAUCUUUUCUCAAGAUAUGUUUGGGAGGACUGCAGAAGACUAUGCAAUUUUUAAUCGGUUUACUGGCAUUCAGCAACUAAUUGCUGAAUAUAAGGAAAAACAGACACCUGAAAGUCUUCCUCAAAAUAACAAUCAAGAAGAACAAGACUUGGAGCUGCCCUCGGAGGAAGAGGAAGGAAGACUUAAAGGAUGUGAAAAUAAGCAGCCACAGGUCGAAGAAGAAAUGAAGCAGCACACAAGUAAUAACACGGAAUUAUCUGGAAGCCUAACUGGUGGUGCCGCUGCUGGCAGUGAUGAUGAUGGACUUAAUCAGCCGUUUCCUAGGAAGGAGAAUGAAGUGCAUGACAGGAAACACCUAGACUCCAUGGGACUAAUCUUUGUGCUGUCAUUCUGUUCUCCGAGUGGAGUCGUUUUCUCUAUUUUUCCCUGGGCUGAAAGUAAAACAUCUACUGAAAAGAACCAGGUCAAAAACCAAAUACAUCCUGGGGCUGACUUUGCUGACUCAGUGCGACCAUCUGAAACAGACUCAGAAUGCAAGUUGUCUGACUAUACUUAUGAGAAUUUUUUGUUGUGGAUUGAACAACUUAGAAUGAAGUGUAAAAAGUCUGUUAGCCUAUCAAGAAUUGAGGAUGCAUUUCAUUUAUAUGAAAACUUCCUGGAACUUAAGAAUAGUGAGCAUGAACGACUUAUAGCAGAAAUUAAACAAAUGGGAAAUAUGGUUAGUGUCCUACAAAAGGAGCUCUCUGAAACAAAAGAGACAGAAUUACAGUUAGAGCAUCAGAAGAUCGAAUGGGAACGAAAGCUGCGCAGGUUGAGACUUGCCUUAAAACAAGAAAAAGAGAAGAAAGAAAAUGCCGAAAUGUUGUGUAAUAAAGUUAGUGAACAGUUAAGAAUAAAAGAAGAGGAAAGUACGGAAAAGGCUGAAAUGACGCAAGGACUUAAACGGAGUCUGAGAAAACUCAUUAAGGAAUUGAGGAUGGUCAAGCAGCAGCAAAAGGAUGCCCAGCAGCAACUUUCCGAAGAACAGAAUGCCAGAAUAGUACAAGAUCAGAUUCUGACCAGUAAACCAAAGGAGCUAGAAAUGGCUCAAAAGAAAAUGGAUUCUGAGGACAAAAUGAAGGCUGAUAUGUCUGAUCUACAAGCUAGGAAUGAGAUUCUUUCUGAAACACUUGCUAAUGCUGAAAAUGAAAUCAACAGCCUACAAAUUCGGCUCCAUAAUGCAAGAGAUGCUGCUGGAGAACAGAAUUUGAUUUUGGAACAUGUGCGAAGAGACCUCGGCCAAACACAGUGUCAGAAGAAAGAAAUUGGACAAAUGCACCAAACUCAACAAAGAAAACUGAAGAAAUACAUUGCAAAGCAGGAAUCUGUAGAAGAGAGAUUAUUUCAAUUACAAAAUGAAAAUACGUUGCUUCAACAGCAACUGGAUGAUGCUCACAAGAAAGUGAACAGACAAGAAAAGACAAUCAGUUCUCUCCAUGACCAGAUUCAGGCUCUUGCCAGUAAUAUUCGAUCUGAGCAUGAAAAGCAGAGUCUUCUACUACAAGAGAAGAAAGAAGAAUUGCUGGAUGAAUGUAAUUAUUUUGAAAAAAGAAUGGAUCAAUGUGAGAAAGAGAAAGCAGGAAGAAAAGUAGUUAUGAGACAACACCAACUAGAAUGGACUGAUCCCCUAAAACAACAACCUACAGCAGAGACUACAUCAUUUAAUUUAGAUGAGACACAGGAUUCAAAGAAGAAAUUGGGUCAAAGCAGCAGUGAAGAUGACCUUACAGAAGCACAGGAAACUGCACCUUCACAAUGUCCAGAUCUGGACGCAGAGAAUGAAGUUCUUCAGCAGAUAUUAUUCUCUACAAAAGCGUUAGAAAAGAAAUGUCAAACACUAGAGGAGGAGAUGCAGCAGCUGAAACAGACUCAAGCAGCAUCUGAAGAACAGUUAGUGCAAAGGGUGAAUGAUAUUCCUGCAGAGAAAACUCGGCUGGAACUCACAAUCAAAGAUCUGCAAUCUGAACACUCCAGAGUAAAAACUUCGGAAGCUGAAAAUAAAAUCGAAUUGGAAAUGUAUGAGAAACUCUACCAAGAAAAAUUACAAGUUGUAAAAUCCUUGUCAAAUGAACUGAGAAGAUAAGUCAGUGUACAGAAUCAUAGUGAAUAAGAACCAUGGAGAUGACAGCAGAGGUCAGUCCCGAGCUUACUGUGGAGAAAGAGAAGACCAAAUAUCCAGCAACUGCUUCUACUGCAAGGCCAGUCCUAGUGUCACCUUCUGUUGGAAAUCUUAGUGAACGUCUCAACAGAAGACAUAUUGAAGGAAAAAGCAGGUCUUCACAUGAGAGCAUGGAGAGCUUCAUGUCGAGGAUGCAGCAGAAGCUGGAAAAAGAUAUACGUUGAGCAAGAGUAACAGGUAUGUUAACAAAAAAAAAAAAUUUUUUUUCUGAGACAAAAAAAAAACACCUCACCCUAUCGCCCAGGCUGGAGUGCAAUGGCACAAUCUCAGCUCACUGCAAACUCUGCUGCCUGGGUUCAAGCAAUUCUCUUGCCUCACCCUCCCAAGUAGCUGGGAUUACAGGUACCUGCCACUAUGCCCGGCCAGUUUUUGUAUUUUUAGUAGAGACGGGGUUUCACCAUUUUGGCCAGGCUGGUCUUGAACUCCUGACUUCGUGAUCCACUGGCCUUGGCAUCCCAAAGUGCUGGGAUUGGGGAUUACAGGCAUGAGCCACCACAGCUGGCCAUUACCAAAAUUUAUAAAUUAAAUUUAGAUUAAGUAAUAUAUGUGUGAAAUAAACUGCAAAUGACAUCCCUUUUAAUUCUUUGGUUAAUAGGUACUACAUUAAAUAUUCCCUCUUACACACAUCUAAUGAAAGAUGUGAAAACUCGAACAUGUAUAACGAAGAGCAUACUUAUGCCUCAUGAAUUAUCACCUUCCAUAGCUUGAAAAAAAGCUCAAGAAGUCAGGCUCUACACUUGACUUUUGCCAUCCCUAUGAGACUGUCAGCCAGCACACAGAAACUGUCCUCAGAAAACAAAGGCCUCAUCAGGUUCUCAGGGUUAUUGUAGUGAUUUUUUUUUCUUUUUUCUUUUUUUAAUUUUACUUUAAGUUCUCGGGUACAUGUGCAUAUCUUGCAGGAUUGUUACAUAGGUAUACACACGCAUGGUGGUUUGCUGCCUCCAUCCCACCCAUCACCUAAUUAGGUAUUUCUCCUAAUGUUAUCGCUCCCCAAUCUCCCCACCUGCCACUAUACUUCCCUGAGUCCCCUGUUCUACAAUGGGCCCUGGUGUGUGAUCUUCACCUCUCUGUGUCCAUGUGUUCUCACUGUUCAACUCCCACUUAUGAGUGAACAUUUGGUGUUUGGUUUUCUGCUCUUGUGUCAGUUUGCUGAGAAUGAUGGUUUCAAGAUUUGUCUGUGUCCCUGCAAUGACAUGAACUCAUCAUUUCUUAUGGCUGCAUGGUAUUCCAUGGUGUGUAUGUGCCACAUUUUCUUUACUCGGUCUAUCAUUGAUGGGCAUUUGGGUUGGUUCCAAGUCUUUGUUAUUGUAAACAGUGCCACAAUGAACAUACAUGUACAUGUGUCUUUAUAAUAGAAAGAUUUAUAAUCCUUUGGGUAUAUAUCCAGUAAUGGGAUUGCUGGGUCAAAUGGAAUUUCUAUUUUUAGAUCUUGAGGAAUCACCACACUGUCUUCCACAAUGGUUAAACUAUUUACACUCCCACCAACAGUGUAAAAGUGUUCCUAUUUCUCCAUAUCCUCUCCAGCAUGUGUCUCCAGAUUUUUUUAAUGAUCGCCAUUCUAACUGGCAUGAGAUGGUAUCUUAAUGUGGUUUUGAUUUUCAUUUCUCUAAAGACCAGUGAUGAUGAGCAUUUUUUCAUGUGUUUGUUGGCCACAUAAAUGUCUUCUUUUGAAAAGUGUCUGUUCAUAUCUUUUGCCCACUUUUUGAUGGGUUGGUAUUUUUUGUUGUAUAUCUGUUUUAGUUCUUUGUAGAUUCUGGAUAUUAACCCUUCAUCAGAGGGGUAGCUUGCUGAAGUUUUUUCCCAUUUUGUUGAUUGCUGGUUCACUCUAAUGAUUAUUUCUUUUGCUGUGCAGAAACUCUUAAGUUUAAUUAGAUCUCAUUUGUCAGUUUUGGCUUUUGUUGCCAUUGCUUUUGGUGUUUUAGUCAUGACGUCCUUGCCUAUGCCUAUGUCCUGAAUGAUAUUGCCUAGGUUUUCUUCUAGGGUCUUUAUAGUGUUAGUUCUUAAAGAGUUAACAACUAACUCUCUAGAGUUAGUUGUUAACUCUUUAAUCCAUUUGGAGUUAAUUGUUGUAUAAGGUGUAAGGAAGGUCCAGUUUCAGCCUUCUGCACAUGGCUAGCCAGUUUUCCCAACACCACUUAUUAAAUAGGGAAUCCUUUCCCCGUUGCUUGUUUUUGUCUGGUUUGUCAAAGAUCAGAUGGUUGUAGAUGUGUGGCAUUACUUCCGAGGCCACUGUUCUGUUCCUGGUCUAUAUCUUUGUUUUGGUACCAGUACCAUGCUGUUUUGAUUACUGUAGCCUUGUGGUAUAGUUUGAAGUCAGGUAGCGUGAGGCCUCCAGCUUUUUUUCUUUUUGCUUAGGAUUGUCUUGCCUAUGCAGGCUCUUUUUUGGUUCCAUAUGAAGUUUAAGGCGAUUUUUUCCUGUUCUUUCAAGGUCACUGUAGCUUGAUGGGGAUAGCAUAGAAUCUAUAAAUUACUUUGGGCAGUAUGGCCAUUUUCACAAUAUUGAUUCUUCCUAACCAUGAGCAUGGAAUGUUUUUCCAUCUGUUUGUGUUCUCUCUUAUUUCCUUGAGCAGUGGUUUGUAGUUCUCCUUGAAGAGGUCCUUCACGUCCUUUGUUAAUUGUAUUCCUAAGUAUUUUAUUCUCGUAGCAAUUGUGAAUGGGAGUUUGCUCAUGAUUUGGCUCUCUUUAAGUCUGUUAUUGGUGUCUAGGAAUGCUUGUGAUUUUUCACAUUGAUUUUGUAUCCUGAGACUUUGCUGAAGUUGCUUAUCAGUUUCAGGAGAUUUUGGGCUGAGACGAUGGGGUCUUCUAAAUAUACAAUCAUGUCAUCUGCCAAUAGAGACAAUUUGACUUCCUCGUUUCCUAACUGAAUACCCUUUAUUUCUCUUUCUUGCCUGAAUGCUCUGGCUAGAACUUCCAAUACUAUGUUGAAUCAGAAUGGUGAGAGAGGGCACCCUUGUGUAGUGCCAUUUUUCAAAGGGGAUGCUUUUGGUUUUUGCCCAUUCAGUAUAAUAUUGGUUAUGGGUUUGUCAUAAAUAGCUUUUAUUAUUUUGAGAUACGUUCCAUCGAUACCUAGUUUAUUAAGAGUUUUUAGCAUAAAGAGCUGUUGAAUUUUAUGGAAGGCCUUCUCUGCAUCUAUUGAGAUAAUCAUGUGGUUUUUGUCUUUGGUUCUGUUUAUGUGAUUCAUUACAUUUAUAGAUUUGUAUAAAUUGAACCAGCCUUGCAUCUCCAGGAUGAAGCCUACUCGAUCAUGAUGGAUAAGCUUUUUGAUGUGCUGUUGCAUUCAGUUUGCCAGUAUUUUAUUGAAGAUUUUUGCAUCGAUGUUCAUCAUGGAUAUUGGCCUGAAAUUUUCUUUUUUAGUUGUGUCUCUGCCAGGUUUUGGUAUGAAGAUGAUGUUGGUCUCAUAAAAUGAGUUAGGGAGGAUUCCCUCUUUUUGUAUUGUUUGGAAUAGUUUCAACAGGAAUGGUACCAGCUCCUCUUUGUACGUGUGGUAGAAUGUAGCUGUGAACCCAUCUGGACCUGGGUGUUUGUGGUUGGUAGGCUAAUAAUUGCUGCCUCAGCAUCAGACCUUGUUAUUAGUCUAUUCAGAAAUUCAACUUCUUCCUGGUUUAGUCUUGGGAGGGUGUAAGUGUCUAGAAAUUUAUCCAAAUCUUCUGGAUUUACUGUUAUGUGCAUAGAGGUGUUUGUAGUGAUCGCUGAUGGUAGUUUGUAUUUCUGUGGAAUCAAUGGUGAUAUCCCCUUUAUCAUUUUUAAUUGCAUCUAUUCGAUUCUCCUCUCUCUUUUUUUUAAAUUAGUUUGACUGGCAUUCUAUCUAUUUUGUUGAUCUUUUCAAAAAAACCAGCUGCUGGAUUUACUGAUUUUUUGAAGGGUUUUUUUUGUGUCGCUAUCUCCUUCAGUUCUUCUCUGAACUUAGUUAUUUCUUGUCUUCUGCUAGCUUUUGAAUUUGAUCUUGCUCCUCUAGCUCU